AUGACGGAUGAAUGUGCGCACGAUUUGAAUAGAGUUUUUUCAUGGCUGUUGAAACUUACGCGAGCUACAACGUCCCUCGACCAAAUUAUUCAAACUCAAGCAUGGCAAAAGUGCCGUAUGUCGAGUUCACAUACAACCUGCACGGAUUCAGAGUUGUCACUGACUGAACAAAAGUUGACAGUACAAUUAGUACACCAUAUGCGUGUUUUUCUCAAUACAAUUGCAUGGUACUCGUUUGAAGGUGUUGUGCGUCCAGUGAGUGUAGAGCUUUUAGAAAUACUUGAUGCCACUGCAGAACUUAUUCGACAACCUCUGAUUAAAUCCUAUCCAGUUUCUAAUGGUACAUACGCCGAGACAGGUUAUCGUUAUUCAAGCACUACCUCAUCAGAGUCACAAACUACUAGACAGCCCAUUUGCAGCUUAUUCAAACUUGGAUCAAUCAUUCGCAAGGCCAUUUAUAAUAUCAAUGUAUAUCUUUUUCUAAGCCCACAGCACCGAAUGAUCAGAACACAUCUAGAUUACAUUAUUGAAUUAAUUUUGAAGUUUUCAAGAUUAAUGCACGGAUACCCCAUGCCAGACUCGCUUCCUUCAUUACAGGCUGCAUUUCAAGUACGACUGAGACUAUUGAUCAAUGCGUUGCGUGAUCUCACCCUGCAUCAAACACCCAAGUCGACAUUGACACUUGAACAUGGCCGAAAAAAACAAAAAGAUUCAAAAAGGUUGAUGGAGCUGGCAUCAGAUUUGCUGAUUAUGCUGAGUCCGAUAUAA